GGUACUAACUUCUGUAUCAACAAACUUUGUGAAAACUACAAAUCAGAAGGGUUUUUUUUUGGCAUUUUGUGGUAUCUUUAUUUACUUUUCUAUGCCUAUAGGUUCUUCAAAAAAUCAUACAGAGUUCAUAAUAAUUGUGCGUAUAAACUAAAACCGGUAUGGCGGAGUAUUUGGCCUCAAUUUUUGGUACCGAAAAGGAUAAGUAAGUAUUUAAAACCGGCUUGUUAAAUGGCGUGUUAAAAUUUCAUAUUGUUUUGUACUAAUGACAAUUAUCUGUAACAGAUAUAUUGUGUAUUAAAAAUGUAUGUAACGAGUGUUUAUGUGAUGUAGGUAAUCAUUUUUUACUUUAGGGUUAAUUGUUCAUUUUAUUUCAAAAUUGGUGCAUGUCGUCAUGGCGAUCGGUGUUCAAGAAUACACAAUAAACCAACUUUUAGUCAAGUAUGUUUUGAUUUAAAUAAAUAUAAGGUUUAAUUUUAUAUUCUACAACAUAUACAGCUGUCUUAUAACCUAUAACAAGCAGUAUAUAUUUCUUGUUAAUAAGUAUCUUAAAUAUAAAAAAUUUAAAUUAUUGUAUGAUGGGCGUAACUAGGAUAAAGAAAAAUAAUAUUUAGAAUUGUUUGAGUACAUAAUAUAUACUAUGGAAACACCUUUAUAUAUGGUCUAAUAGUGGAUGACAGACUUUGUCUUUUCAUGAAUACUGAUAGACCAAUAAAAUAAAUGAUAAAAAAAAAGACUUACCAUUGUACCAAUAUAUUUCGUAUAUUUUCCUUUUUUUUUUUUGGUUAUUCACAUUUGUUGAGAAAACUCCUGAGAAAAUUAAAAAAUGAUUUCCUUAAAGUACCUCUCUAGUCCGAUUUACUUUUAGAAAAAGUUGUAUCAUUGUAAACCAGAACAAAAUAGCUGGUAGAAAGGUUGUCCACAGAAAAAAAAAGAUCGUAAUAUUUUACUAAUAUAUUUUGUAUAUUUUCACAUUUUUUUAUGGUUUUCCACACUUGUUGAGAAAACUGAGAAAAUCAAGUAUCCUACAAUUGUAUACAUUUUUGGUAAAUUGAUAAUUAAUAAGAUCGAUAAAUGUAUACAUUAUGGUUUAUUAUAUUUAAAGUUUUUAAGCAAAUCAUUACCACUAUAUCAAUGGGUUUAGCAAACCUGAGGCCCUGAGCUCCCUAUUGGUAGAAACUCUAGAUGAGUGAGUUUACCUUAUAGUUGAAAAUGUCAUUCUCCUUGUGGGAGGGGAUAGGAAUAUUCCUAUGGUACCUGAAGUACGGACUUCUGCUCUUAUAAUACAAAAAUAGUAUUUUCUUUUGUUUAUUUCCAGUUACCAUUGGUUUUAUGGUUGUUAAAUAAUAUUAAUGAUUGAUUAAGUGAAUCAGCCACUAAUAUAGAUUAUUUAUGAUAUAUUAAGUCUUUAAUUGGUCUCACAGUUAUUGAGCAACAUUGUGGUUGGUAUUCCUAUGAUUUAAAGUAGAUUAUUUAAAUUCCUCCACGAGAUGAGCUAACGAGUUAGUUUAUUUUGUAUAUUUAGAAUUUCAGUAAAUUUGAUUAUAAUUAUAAUUUAAUUAUUAAGUUUUUUUUUUAUCUAAAACAAAUAAUUCCAUUGUAAUAAUUAAUAAAAUUUUAUCUUUGUUAAUUCAAUUAUUUUUAGACUGUUCUAUUACAAAAUCUUUAUGUCAAUCCACAAAAUUCUGCGAAAUCAGCUGAUGGAUCACACUGUAAGUACCUAAUGAGUAAUACAAAUCUGUUAAAAAUAUAUUUAUAUUGUAUAAAAUAAAAGAUAAUCAAUACUAGGUAAAUAUAUUUCAAUAAUGAUCAAUUUUGUAUUCUUUAAUUAAUUAUUUGUAUCAAGCUUUUUUAAAACCGACUUAUUUUUUAUUAAGGUAAACAUAUUUAUAAACAUAAAUACAAGUAAAUGACGGUUUUUUCUGAAUUUAGUUUUUUCAAAUUAAUUUAAUUAACACAUGACUUAAUUACUAGUUAGUAUGAAUGGUUUUAAGUCUAUGUAAAUUAAAUGUAUUAAUUAUUUAAUUUUUUCCCAUUUAUGCUAUUUUUUUUUUUUUUAUUAAUCAUUAUUCAUAAAGCUAACUAGUAGUAAAAGAUAGCUUUAUUAUUGUUAAAGAUUUAGUCUUUACAAAUUAUUUUUUCAUAAUUAUUAGGUUUAAUGUUUUACUUUUAUUUUGCAGUCGUUGUCAAAUAUCUUGAAAGAGUACGAGCUUGAAGACUACGACUUGUCAGUGGUUUUUUAAGUUUAAAUACAUUUUUUUUUUUUUAGCCAAUUUCGUUGAAUAUAUAUUUAAAAUAAGAACUAAAAUCAAUUAGUUUUACUAAAACAAUUCAGGUUGUCUGUUAUAGGAAUGAAUAUGGAUGUUUGCAUCAAUAUGGAAAUUUUGACCAGUAUAAACGAGUGUUUUACUACUCCUUCAAGAUAUUUGAUAAAUAUUAUCUCUUAUAAAUUUAGUGAUGGAAUUUAAUAAUGGUAAAUGAUUUCAUUUUAGAAUGUAAAACUUUUUAUCCCUUUUCUUUGUUUAGUACUUAAUUCUGAUGCUACUUAUUUAUUUGUUUUAUUUUAGAACCAAAUAUGUUUCUAUUAGAUUAUUAAUUUUCUAUAUUAAUAUGAAUAAUAAACAGUACAUUAUUUCUAAAACAAAAAAACUUAAGGAAAAGGGGAAUAUAGAUUGAUUUUGUAAUUUUCUUAAUACCAAACUUUUCUGAAAAUAUUUGCAGAAUAUAUAUUAGCAUAUUGACAUAAGCUUUAUAUUGUUUUAUUUUCAUUAAUUUGAUAGUAAUUAUAAAUAAUUUCAUUCCAUUAUAAUUAUUCUGAAUUGAGCAAUAUUUAUAGUUUUAUAUUUAACAUAUGUAUUAGCAGAUAAUAAAAAUGUUAUUAAAAAUAAAAAGAUCCCAUUUUUUAUAAUUCUUUAUUUACUCUAAAUGGUUAAACAAUUUUUGAAUUACAACUAAAUUGUUUAAAAUAUAUUUUAUUAUAAACGAUUCUUUUUUACCAAUUCUAAACAGUAUAUAAAACUUCUUGAACUUUUGUCUUUGAAAUAUUGGCAACAUAAUCAUAUUAUAUUAAUUUUCUAAUAAAAUACAAAAAUAUUACUUUACUUUUCAUUAAUCUAAGAAUAUUAUUUUAAUAAUAUAAAGUAACACAUUCUAUGGAUAAUAAAACUCUAGACGAAUAACAUACUAAUUUUAUAAGGAAAUUUAAGUAAAAUUUAAAAUAUUUAGUAUAAAUAUAAUAAAUAAACUAAAUAAAUGAAUAGACUUCAUUGUUUAAAAUAUUCAAUAAUUAUAUUAUGUAUGUAGUCAUAAUUUUAGGUAAAUGGUUGGACUAGUUUUCACCAGGAUUUAAUAAGAUAGUAUAAUAAUAGACAUAUACAUUAGGCAAAUGAUCUACCUUGUUUUCUUGGUCAUAUUUCAUAUUAUAAAAUAUAAGAUAUGUAUUUUAAUCUAAUUUAAUGUAUAUUUUCUAAAUAUUUGUUUGUAUUGUAUUUUGAUUUAUACAAUUUACAAUUUUUUCAUACCAAGAUUUUUAAUGUUUAAUUUAACUGAAUUAUGUUUUUAUUAUUUUUAUAUGUAGUAAAAAGGAAAUCUAUGGUUUUUUAAAAUUAUUUUGAUAUUUCAAUACAAAUUUCACAUUUGUAUAAUAUUAUAUUUAUUUAUAAUUUUAUAAUUUCAAACUUAAUCAUUAAUAAUUACUAAAUUACGAAAUUGUAAAGACUUUUCUUUAAUCUUUGAACAAAAGUAAUUUCAUUUUAAUUAUAAUUAACUAUGUGGUACAAAUAAACUAAGUAUGUAAUUUAAUUUGUAAAUUCAAAUGCGUACUUAAUUAGGUAUUAUAAGUAUUAACUUAUACUAUAAAUGAUAUAUUAUUUAUUUAAAUCAUAAUUUAUUAUUUUGUAUUCAAAAAUGGUAUUGUAUAUGUAUUUUAGUGGUUUCAAAUGUCACUGAUGAAGAAAUGCAAGAACACUAUGAUAAUUUCUUUGAAGAUGUAUUUGUAGAGUGUGAAGAUAAGGUAGAUUUUCCUGUUUAAUAUUUAAUUUUAUUAUUUGUUUGUUUUUCGCAAAUCAAGUACUUGAUUUAUUUUUCUUAUAAACAUGUACAAUACACAUAUUUUUAAAAUUGUAUUAAACACAUUCAAUUUUUUAAUAGUAUGGAGAAAUUGAAGAAAUGAAUGUUUGUGACAAUUUAGGAGAUCAUCUUGUUGGCAAUGUUUAUAUAAAGGUAUAAGUAUAAGAUUUAUAUAUAUAUAUAUAUUAUAUAUAUACAUGAAUAUCUAGAAUCAACAUUUUUUCUACUAUUUAUUUUAUUUAUAUAUUCAAUAUUUGAUGGUGGAUAGUGAGUGGAAUUACUCUUUAAUUAUCAUUGAAAAAUGUAAUUAUUUAUGUGCACAGUUAUACAUUAUAAAAUUCUGUAUUAAUUUUUUUGUUUUAUAUUUAAAAUAUAGUUUCGACGAGAAGAACAUGCAGAAGCUGCUGUUAAUGAUUUAAACAAUCGAUGGUUUGGUGGACGUCCAGUUUAUGCCGAGUUGAGCCCUGUAACAGACUUUCGUGAGGCCUGUUGUCGUCAGUAUGAAAUGGGGUGAGUAUAUAAAUGAAAAAUAAUAAAAUAUAAACAAAAUUAUUAAAAUGGUUAAUACUCGUAAAUAAGUAUAGAAAUAAAAAUAAAUAAAUGAAUGCGUCUCCUGGAGUAUUAUACUGACCAAUUUUGAAUUAAAAAUUUAUCAUCGGAUAUAUUACAGUCAUUCAUUUAUUUCUUUUAUUUUUAUAUAUACACUUUAUUUAUAUAUUUAUUUACUGUAUUAACCAUUUUAAUAAUUUUGUUUUUACUUUAUUAUUUUAUUAUUUAUUUUUUAUUUAUAUAUUUAUUAACUAUAUAUAAAUAAAAACAGGAAUAUAUGUAAUAUACGAUUAAUAAUUAAUUUGCAGAGAAUGUACACGUAGUGGGUUUUGUAAUUUCAUGCAUUUGAAACCAAUAUCACGAGAAUUACGUAAAUAUCUUUAUAGUCGUCGGUCACGAAGACAUCGUUCUCGUAGUCGUUCACGUGAUCAUGUUGGAACACGUAGAACUAGAUCACCUUCUCCAAGACAUGGACAUCGCGGUGGUGGUGGUGGUGGUGGUGGCGGCGGAGGAGGAGGCGGUGGUGGCGGUGGCGGAGGCGGAGGUGGUGGAGGAGGGCGCAGAGAUAGACGAUAUUAG